UGCUCUCCGGUCCUCUAUUAGCUCCUCUCUAUCCCGGCGAUCGAGAGCCACGCCGCGGGGAGUACGUAUCGUCGAUCGGUUACCCAUGGACAACUUUCCUGAGGGAGUGGACGAUCACGACCUGCAAUCGCACGACGAGCUGCUUCGCCACCUGCAGUACCUCCCUCCGACGCCGCUGCCUCAUCCGGGGGCGCUCAUGGAUCAGCCGCAGACGUCGUCGGCGAUCCCCGAACUGGUCGACUGGGCGUCCCUCCUUCUCCCGCUGGGAUCGGGCGCCGGGACGUCGCAGCAGGUGGCCGCGCCGGCGGGUACCGGUCAGGAGGAGAUGAUGAGCGGCAUGGAGACGGCGGCGAGUGGCGGCGGCGGGGGCAGUAGUGCAGGGGCCGGGGUAAGCGGCGGGGAGCCGGUGGCCAAGGAGAGGAAGCCCGCCGGCUCGCGUGGGAGGAAGGCCACCCGGCCGCGGUUCGCGUUCCAGACCAAGAGCGAGAACGACGUCCUCGACGACGGCUACCGGUGGAGGAAGUACGGCCAGAAGGCCGUCAAGAACAGCGCCUUCCCAAGGAGCUACUACCGGUGCACACACCACACGUGCAACGUGAAGAAGCAAGUACAGCGGCUGGCCAAGGACACGAGCAUCGUGGUGACCACGUACGAGGGCGUCCACAACCACCCAUGCGAGAAGCUCAUGGAGGCCCUCAGCCCCAUCCUCAGGCAGCUCCAGUUCCUCUCGCAGCUCUAACCUGUCAUUUAAUCGUCUGUGCGAAGAGUGUAUAUCGUACACACUGAUCUAUAUAUACACACAGCCCAGCGUACUCACUUCGGGAAAGAGAAGGAAAAAACUUGUCCUACCUCCCGGUCACCAUAUAUACAAUUAUACAGCAGCUGAUCCAGAUAUGUACUCGUUGAUUCCAUGCAUGGUGCAUGUGAAAAUGUAUGUCAUUGCAGAUAUAUAGUCCUCGUCCUUGUAAAUAAUGCAGGUAAUCGUGCAAAUUAAUCCUACAUUUACCAUUUGAUUUUAUUCUGUCUAUCAUGUACUGUAUAUCCUAUCCAUCCCUGUGUUGUAGGGCGUGUGUAAUCCUCUCUUGCACACGAAUGAGGGCACUCCAUCCAUUCUGUUCCUUUGUAAAAACUACUACGCGGACCACAAAUACCAUUAUGAUUUUGGUACGACAA